AUGCCGCUCCUUCGGCAGAUGAGCAACCCCAUCGAUCUGCCUGGGACAGUCAAGUCUUCGAAUACGGAUGAAGGUUUGGACGGACUUGUUGGAAUCCAUCAACGCUUGGACAGGCUUUCUGACCAGAUCGACCUUUGCCUCUCGGAGAUGAUGAACGCAAUGAGCCCGAAGCAAAGCAGCGGCGCAAAUGCGAAUGCAGCGAAUACGCCGCGGCACCUCCAAGCGCCGAUUCCUACCAGCCCGGCCCCGCGAUCCUCCAUAGCAUCACGGGCUUCUGUGGGAUCCCAAUCAGUGGCCUCCUCCUUUCAGGAGGAGCCGCGCAUCCGACGCGUUGGCCGCUCGUCCAUCUUGUCGGCGGUGACACUGAGCACUUCCGGGACCGGAUUGAGCACGGAGACCACUUUGAGCGGCAUGGGGAGGCGAGAGCUCUUGCCGUUCAAUGAGUUUGGCCACGCGGAAGUGCUUACUCGAGCGCAGCUGAGACGCAGACUCGGGAACUAUCGGCAAGGCCGAGCGGCUCGAGCUGCUCGAGCGCAAGCGGAGUUCCUGGAGGAUCCCGCAGAUGCUCGGCUAAGCGCCGCCAAGCAGUGGCUUCUUGAGCGGAGGCGCUGUGAUGCAGUUUGGCUGGCCCUGGAUGAGCCCCAAUCGAGCCGGGCGGCCUGGUGGAUUGCGCUCACGCUCCGGUUCCUUGUGGUUAUGAGCCUCGUGCUCAACAUUUUGGAGGUUGGAGAUGAGUAUCCGCUCAUUCAUGGGGCAGCAGCAUCUGUUCUGGAGAUAGGGAUCGAUUCUGCCUUCUUCAUCGAGUUCCUGUGUCGUCUCUUCUCCGCCCCUUCGAAGAGAACCUACGUACUGGACUUCUACAAUUGGGCGGACAUGGUUUCAGCUUCCGGCCUGAUCCUCCGCGCAACUGCUGGCUUUGUCAUUGCGCCAUCGUCGACGGCAACCGAAAGCGUCAUCCAGUCGUUGCUGUUGUAUGUGCUUCCGAUCGUGCGCUUGCUGAAGCUGCUAAGAUAUAUCAGCUCGUUCAGAUUGCUGAUAGAUGCUGUCACGAACUCUUUGGAAGCCUUGCCGGUAUUGGUGUACACAAUGGUCCUGAUCGUCAUGGCUUCCGCAAGUGGCUUGUAUCUGGCAGAGUCGAGGUCCAACAUCCCUACCUUGGUUCACGCUGUGUGGCUUGCCCUUGUAACAAUGACAACGGUGGGAUAUGGUGAUUUCGUGCCGAAAUCCGUUGUUGGCUACGUGAUUGCGUCCAUCCUCACAGUUGUCAGUGUGCUGUUCAUUGCUAUGCCCGUUGGGCUGGUCGGGUACGAGUUCACGGUUUGCUGGCAGAAUCGAGCUAAAGUUCUCCUGCUUGCUCGGGCUCGCAAACGCUUCGCGCAGUGGGGCUAUCAAAGUCGCGAUGUUCAGCUAUUGUUCGAGUAUGCAGAUUCAGAUCGUGAUGGAUCCCUGAACCUUGUGGAGUUCUGUGAGCUGCUCCAAGAGAUGACGCUCGGUCUAUCAAGCGACAGCAUUAUUGAGCUUUUCCAGAUGUUUGAUGACAACGGAGAUGGGUUCAUCGACCACUCAGAGUUUGUCCGGGUGCUCUUUCCCCUGCGCCGGGAAGAGGAAGAUGGCGCUUGCUCUGACUCGGAAGCAGAGAGUUCUGUAAGGCCUUCGGUGGUAGCCAACCUGCCCGCAGUGCAGGAAUCGGAAGAGGAUUAA